AUGCAACACACGCCUUCUACGUUCUCUACCCAGGUUUGCCAUUGGUGACAUAGUAGUAAUGAGAUCUACAUAGUCCAAAGGUGACAAAAUCGUUAUCUUCAUCCAGUUUAAUCCGUUUCGUUUUUUACGUUCCAACAAAACAACCAAAAUCAUGGUAACAUCGUAUAUCAUUGUGAUAUCGUUAGUUGCCCUAGGUGUAAGUGCUGUUAAGCCCAACAAAUACCCCAAAUGCUGCCCUUUUGGUAUUGAUAUGUGUAAAAUUGCUUCGAAUACUAAACAGGAACAAAACAUAUUUCCUGGACUGUUCGUCAACGAGUCUUUUCUUCAACUCAGCACCAAACAAGUGGGCACUGUUAAGACAAGAAAAACAUUUGACAACAUCACUAUUGAUCAAAACGAGAGUCAGGGAACUAACACCAGGAGAAAGAGGGAUACAGGCUGCAACUGCUGCCAAACUCAAUUUCACUUUUCUGCCAUCCUAACUGUUGAGUAUGAAGGAACAACACAUGACGUCGUACAGUACGAUGACAUCGGAAGCUACCAGGUCAUUACCGAGGGAGGUUGUGUAAAUACAGUUUGCUCUCCGAACUAUCAUUGCCAAACAAUGUAUAAACUUAUCUGGAUGCUGAUCAAAAUAGAUUGUGACUGGUUACCCAAAAUGGAAUUUGUUCCUGUCAGCGUCCCAAGCCAUUGUGAAUGUAGAAACAAUUAAAAAACAAUUACAUUAUAGUUUAAUAUUUGAAACAGUGACACGUCCUUUAAGUUUGCUGUUUUAGGUGGUUGAACAUUUUCCAAGAAAGAUAGAUUCAUUAAAUUAUAUUUCUCAUUUGUAAGAACCAAUACAAGGGUUCAUCAUGUUACAAAUUAAACUUUCUAAUGUCAGUGCCACUCAUUGAGUUUACACCAAUUAUCAAAAUCUUGAAAUACAGUUACAGGCACAUGUCUGUAGGAUAAACGUGAGGCACAGGUUUUUUCACCAUAAACAUCUGGUAAAAGAUACAGUUUGCCAAAAUGAAUGACACUGCAUCAUAGAGCUGUUUCGUCCUUCUUGGACUCAUCGGUGAUGGUAGGGGCUAAAAAGGUCGAUAGUCAAAUUGGUUUAAACUAUUGAUGAAG